CUUUGCACAUUCCAAACACUGUAGUGUAAGCAGCUACAUAUCAUUUGCCAUCAGUUAGUACUCGGACUAAAUUAAGUCGCAAAUACAUGAUGGAAGAAUUUCUUGCAACUUUACCAGAUGAAGCCAAAGCAGUGGCAGAAAAAGCAAAAAUCAAAAAUGCCGAACAGGCCUUACUUACACCAACGGCCCAUUUGCUGCUGCAAGAAAGUUCACCCCAUGACAUUUAUGUCUUGAAAGCCACUGCAGCAAAAGUUAUGGCCAAAGAAAGCAUUAAAGUUUCAGAUCUUUUCGAUCUUCCCUACUGUAUGAAAUGGUCACGUUUGAGUUUUGGCUGUGAAGCCUUGGACGAGUGUACUCGUGGUGGUGUUGUCACUCGAGGUAUAACGGAAUUUUGUGGAGCCUCUGGAACGGGUAAAACCCAAUUGUUAUUGCAGUUAUCAUUGAUGGCUCAACUACCAACUGAUAUUGGUGGCCUACGAGCUUCUGUGGCCUAUAUAUGCACUGAGCAUGCAUUUCCAUCGAAUCGUCUCCAUGAAUUAUCCAAAGUAUUUAUGAACAAAUAUCCCAAACAUGAUAUCAACUAUUUGGCCAAUGUUCAUGUGGAACACAUUCAUCACAGUGAACAACUUAUAAAAUGUUGUUCGGAACGUUUACCACCUCUUAUGUCGACGGAACGUGUCCGUUUGAUUAUUAUCGACUCUGUGGCUGCGGUGUUUCGUACCUAUACCGAUUUUGUUCAGCGUGCGAGAGAUAUGCGUAGACUGGCCAAUUGUCUGCUCAGUCUAGCUGACAAAUAUAAUAGUGCGGUGAUCUGCGUCAAUCAGGUUGCAAGUAUAAGUAAAAAACAGCCUGAAGUACCAUGUUUAGGUCUUGCCUGGUCCCAUUUAGGAAGGACCCGUAUGCGUAUCUCCAAAGUACCCAAACAAGUAAUAUGUGAUGAUAAUUUUCUAACAGUGCGCAAACUUGAGGUCAUGUAUUCUCCUGAAACACCCAUAGCAUAUGCGGAGUUUCUCAUCACUGCAGAGGGUGCUAUCAAUGUGCCCCAGUUUCCAAACGUCCUCAACAAAUUGGAGAAAUAAAACACUGGUAUAAUUUCAUGAAUUUUGGCAUAGAAUAUAUAUUUUUGUUUUUUAUC